GAAUAACUGGUAUAUUGUUUGAGACUUGGUUUUAAAAUUACACAUGUUGCAGUUAUUCUCUUUAUAUCUGCCUAGUGGAGUGUCAAAGUGCAAUCUGUGCUGUUGAGGGGUUCUGAUUUGAUUCUUGUUUUCCCUUCCCACAACCAACACAGACUGUACGCUGCUGACAAUGGAGUCCACUGACUCAACUAGAGAGAGAGCAACAGGAAAGGAUGUGAAACAGGAUGCAAACAACAUGGUGCUGAUGUCCAGCAAGCCUCUGCAUCGCUUCCUUAAACACGAGCCCAAAAGUCUUGGGAUCGUCAUUGUGAUCUUUGGCUGUGCAGAGCUGCUGAUUGGAUUUCAUGUGAACACUGAGGAUGAGGUCUACAGUUCUGGCAGGAUCUACAUUCCCUUAUGGCAGGGGCUUCUGUUUCUUGCCAGUGGAAGUCUGUCCAUCUACACUGAGGUACAUCCAUCCAAGAAGACGGUGACAGCGUGUUUGGCGAUGUAUGUGGUUUCCAUUUUGGGAAUUGUAGUCUCCUGUGGCUACAGGAUUGCCUGCCUCGCUAAUUUAAACUACCGUCGCUUCGCAGCGUUCUAUUAUCGAAGAGAUGAUUGGGAUAUUCACAGAGCGAUGCAGAGUUUGGGCGUUGAAAGCGUAUUGUUUGCAUCCUCCCUGUGUGUGUCAGUGCUUCUCAUCUUCCUGUGUGUCUUCGCACGUUUAGCUCUGAAAUCCACACGCUCUCAGGUUGUUAUCCAGCAAAUCCCGGCAGCACCACCGAGUGAAACACAGUCAAACUGAAAACAAUCUUUUGUCUUUUUCUUCUGUUAAAUCUAAAACAGAUUUUCCUGUAAGUGUGAAUGUCAUAGUUUUGUACAGCAGGAAGGUGUGCACACAUGGCGCAUGGACUCAGAAAGGGGCGUGUGAACUUUUGUUAUCCAUUAAUGAUAUUUACUUCCACUAGCCUUUAACAUUAAUGAUAGAUGCUCUGUGUAGGUUUUUUUUAUUAAAAAAAAAAAAAAAAACACAACAGGAGGCAUCAUUUAAAUCUUCCAUGCUUGAUUCUUUGAGGACUGAAAAGAUGUCUCAAUUAGUCACAAUUCAAAGUAUAAACAAAAAUAAAAUGUACUACACUGAAAUGACCCAAAAGCAACUAGUAGCCUGUUGUAACACAGCCCACCGGAUUGGUUUGAAAAUGAGUCCCGCCUCUGAUAAGGCAAAAAGCCAGUCAUAGUUGAGGAUUUUAGGGUGGCACCUUGGGUGGCCAAUCAGAUUUAACAGGGAGCCAUGCCACCCCUGGAUGGCCAGCUGUACAGGUCCCUUCAUAUAACGUUCUAACCUUACACCACCCAGACGCAGAACUUUAUAGCUCAGCAAACACGCCUUUUUUUUCUUCUGUUCUAAGCUUCAAUUUUCUGUUUCUUUAACAUUCAACUAUGCAAUACUGAACUACUUUUAUUUUACUUGCACUGAUUAGAGUGUCAUAGUAACAACUGAUAUCUCUAGUAAGGCUUAUGUGCACAUAUGCAAUCUAGUUGCCAGGCGACCAGAUACUGCUUAUUGGUACUCAUAUCUAUCUUUGGAAAUAGUCAAAUAUUGAAUGUUAAUGUAUGUGUUUUUUUGUGUCGAGCUGUAUGCGCACUGAUGCUCUUUUCCACAAAUGAAGUUCCUAACGGAUAAAUGAAGUUAUUUGAAAAUUGAAAUUUAAAGCGAUAAACAAUGUUGUUAGUUAACACCGGUAAAGUGAACAGAGGCCCAUGUCUCCAUUUUGAAUUAAAAUGUUAUUUUAAUCAAA